AUGAAUAAGACUAGAAAAGCGAAAAAAGAAAAAACAGCUGCUGUUGCAGUGUUUCACGGAGCAGUAGAAGGUGAUAUGGUCAUUUUGAAUUGUAGACAGGGUGUACGAAUAAAAGCAACAUUUACCGAGCUACCAAAAGUAAAACAUGGGUUCCAUAUUCAUAAAGCAGGAGAUUUACGUGGCGAAGGCUGUAAGGGUGCUUGUGAUCUAGGAAACAUUGAAAUGAAACACAAGAAAUGUACACAAACUUAUACUGUUAAAAAUACUUCUGUCCGAGACUUAUGGGGACGUUCUAUCAUUGUACAUGCAGAUGAAGAUGAUUUGGGAAAAGGUGGAUUUCCAGAUUCAACAGCAAUAGGUCACUCCGGAGCGCAUUUUCUAGUAGAUGAUCUCGAUCUACUAGGAGAUUUUCUACCAGGUGAUCUACCACGUCUAGUGGCAGAACGAUUCGGUGAUCUUCUAUCAGGCGAUCUUCUACCAGGUGAUCUUCUACUAGAUCUCAUAGGAGAUCUCAUACCACGUCUAGUGUCAGACCGAUUAGGCGAUCUUCUACCUCGUCUAGUGGCAGAAUGA